GUGCGGUGGUUUACUUUUGAAUGUUUUGAAUUACAUACACUUCAUAAUUUGAAUUUCAAAACAUUUUUUAUUGUGAGAAAUGAAGUAAAAAUGGGCAUUAAACAUUUAUGGACAAUAUUCUCCCCAUUUUGUGAUAGAAAACCCCUUUUCGAAUUACAAGGGAAAACUGUAGCCAUUGAUCUUUCAUGCUGGAUAUGUGAGGCACAAAAUAUAGCCGAAUAUCAAGUACAACCUCGUAUGUAUCUAAGAAAUUUAUACUUUAGAGCAUGUUACCUUUUAUUGAUGGAAGUGAAUCCAGUUUUUGUCCUAGAAGGCAAAGCCCCAGAAUUAAAGUAUGACACCAUAACUGCUAGAAAUGCAUUACAGUUUAAAGGGGCGAAGCCGAAAACUGACAGUGUAAAAACUGGAAAAGAUAGAUCUAGGUUUAAUCAUGUAUUGAAAAGAUGUGAAGAAAUGUUGGGGUAUAUGGGAAUUUCCUGCAUCAAAGGAAAGGGAGAGGCAGAAAGUCUGUGUGCUUAUCUUAAUGAUGAAGGGUUGGUUGAUGGUUGUAUUUCACAAGACUCUGAUUGUUUCGCUUAUGGGGCUAAAAUUGUAUACAGAAAUUUCUCCAUAGCAGCUCAAGGGGCCUAUUCUGCAAGUGGUGGAGCAGUUGAUAUUUAUGAUUUAAGUAAAAUCAAUAAAGGAAUGAAUUUUGGGAGAAACAAAAUUAUUGCCAUGGCCCUGCUAUGCGGUAGUGAUUACAGUGAUGGUGUUAAUGGAGUUGGUAAAGAAACAGUAUUAAAGUUUUUUGAAAAUUUACCCGAUGAAGAAAUAUUAGAAAUAUUAAGGUCUUGGAGGAGGAAUACAGAAAAGUAUGACAAGUUUGAACAAUUAAUAAAUGAUAAGAAUAUAUGUACAGCUUGUGGACAUCAUGGUAAAAUACAGGGACACACCAAAAAUGGUUGUGGUCCGUGUGGAAUGACAAAAGGUUGUAAUGGUGAGAAAUACAAAGAAAAAAGACUGAAAAUCAAAAAUGAACUAUCAAUGAGAGACAAAGCCUUACAAGACCCUGAUUUUCCCAAUGAAAAAUUGAUACAAGAAUUUCUUACCAAAAAGGACAAAGUGUGCAAGUUAGAUUUAAAAUGGAGACAGCCCAAUGUUUUAAAAUUUGUACAAUUCACUUCCAAGUUUUUGCAAUGGGAAGAAAUUUAUGCUUUUGAAAAAAUUCUUCCAAUUUUGACUAGAUGGCAAUGUUUGAAUCCAGAUUUAGUAUCAAAUGAUUUGAAGGGUAUUCUUCAACCCAGUUAUAUUAAAAAAGUUAGGACUCCAAAAGGGCUACCAAGCUAUGAAAUAAUAUGGUCAGACCCAGAAGAACAUUUUAUGGGUCUUAUUCCUAAAGAGCAAAUUGGCGAGUCUAAUACAACACCAGAAAAAUUAUGGUCCACUAUAGAACCACAAAGUUUAGUCAACAAAGCUUAUCCAAAACUAGUAGACAAAUACCAACAAAGCAAAAUCAAGCCCAAGAAAAUAACCAAAAGAAAAAAGAAAGAUGUCAACAUUGAAGAAUUGGGCGACAUGUUGAAAAAUACUUCAAUAUCAGAACCAAAGCCUAAAAGAACAAGAAAACCUACAAAUAAGAAAGAGAAAAAUAAAGAUGAACUUAAAGACAAUUUGAAUGGUCUGAAAUUGUCUAAAACUAACAAGAAAAACACAUUACUGGAUAAUUUUUUAAGACAAGCUGUAUUAAACAACCAACAAAUUAAAAACAAAGAAGAAAAGGUUUCGGAAAAUAAGGAAAUCGAAGACGAAAUAGAAGUUAUAGAUGUUGAUAAUUGUCACACAUCAACUCCAUCUAAAUCCUUUAACAAUUGUAGGGAUAAAUCAUGUUUUGGAGAUGAAGAUGAUGAUGAAGAUCUGUCUCUUAUCAUUGAAAAUAUAAUUUCUAAGAAACCGACAAACUUACAACUAGGUGAUAUAUUUAAAGGUUUGCAAUUCAAUGAAGAUUUGUAUGAAGAAGUAGAUGAAAAACAAAAUAUGGAUGUAGAUUUGUUGGAAAAAAUAGAAAAACAUUUGGAUGUCGAAAGGAACCAUUCCAGUUUUUUUAUUACAGGGCCUGUUGAAAAUGAUUUAUUCGAAAGAACUUUUAAUGAACUAAACUGCAGUGAUGAAAGUGAUAACACAGUGGAAUAUGAUUAUAAUGAACUUGAAUUUGAUGAUGAUGAAACAAAAGAUUUUGAUGGGGAUAAAAACAAAGGAACUAAAAUUGUUGGAAGAAAAAAUGAGAACGAAUGCAAAAGUGAAAGAUUGAAUGGAAAUUAUGACAACAUUAAAAAAAUAGAUAGUGAUAGGGAAGAUGAUGAUAGCUUCUGUGAUAUUUAUGUACCCCUAUUAGAUAGAUUAAAAAACAAAUAAGUUAUUUUGUAUCAUUCUAUAUUUUUAAUAUAUAUAAUUUUAUUUACUUAUUUUUACUCAUCCAACAGUUUAAACCAAUGAAUUACAGGAUAAAAAAUACUGAAAAUAUAAAAAUUGUUUUAACAGAAAUAAAAUAUCAAUAAAAUAAAUAUAUUUUUAUAAUAAAAAUAACUACAACUUUUAAAUAAUACCAUUUUCAGUAAAAAAUAGCUAUUUGCUUCAAAUUCCAAAAAAAGGCACUUUUGGACUUCAAUUUGAACAUUAUACAGUACUUGUUACUUCAUAAGAAUAAUAAGGGCGAUAAUAUUCAUUGCUAUUUGUAAGAGAUUCCCAUUCCUGUUCAUUUGAAUCAAAUUCAUAAAGGCUUAAUAUAUUUUUUUUAAGUUUGUUCAUUCUUCUUCGUUUGGCCAUUAAAUAUACCUAAAAAUUAUAGUUA